UCAGAAGUGUCACUUUAGGUAGAAUAUUUAAGAGCCUGAAUAUAGUUCUCCAUCUUUCAUUUCCCUCUAUCACUCCCUCUACCACUUGUACAGGCCAUGUUCUGAAUAGACGCUACACUGUUAGCCUCAGUCCUGUGGUGAAGAUGACUUUGAGCCCAAUUCCAGUUGACACGUGACAGACAUGGAACUGGAUUGAGAAAUAAACUUUCAUGACUUUACACCCUGGUUUCAUGGAAACAAGAUGUACUUUUACCAUAAGGUUCAGAGAAGUCACCCCAGGCAGCGGAAAUCGAUCUUGAGAUGAAAUAACUUCUACCUGGCCUCCUGGCAGAAUUUCAACACAAACACUGGGCUGACUCAGGGGCUAUGACGUUGCCUGAUCCUUCUGCCUGGGGAGAACAGGAGUGGGAGGAGAUUUUGCCUUUGGAGAACAGGGAAGAUAUGGAGACCAUGAAGAAACUGACCCAAAAUCAUACGGCAAAAGGUUUGCCUUCGAACCAUACUGACUGCCUCCAAGAAAAGGCAGGGAAGCCCGAGAUACUGGUCCCAGUUACAUUCAGAGAUGUGGCUGUGGUCUUCACAGAGGCAGAAUGGAAGAGACUGAGCUCUGAGCAGAGGAACUUAUACAAAGAAGUGAUGCUGGAGAAUUACAGGAAUCUGCUGUCACUGGAAUCAAAGCCAGAAACAGACCCCUGUUCCUCUUGCCUUCUGGCCCCCUGGCAGCCACUCCUCAGCCAACAUGUGCUUCAGAGCUUCUCGGGCUUACGUGACUUCCAUCCAAGGGAUUCUGGCCCAGGGCAUCAGGAGCAGGAGUGUUUGUCUCGAAGCUGCUGGAGUGAAAACACAGAAAGUCAAGAGAUAGAAGGUGACUGCAGACCUUGGUGUGUGAACACAGAGGAGAGAGAGACCUCAAGUGCAUUCCGCAGCCCACCCCGAGGACAGUCAGCAAGUCCUAGCGAAGGAGGCCUGGUGGUGGAAAUAGAGUCCAACUCAGCCCAAAUGGUAAGCCCUGUGCAAACGGACAAAGGAGUAAAGGAAUUAGAAACCCUGAGACUUGGAGCAGUCAGCUGUAACAAGCAUGAACUAGACCGUAGUCUGAAAUCAAACUUUAUUACAAACCAGGUGACCCUCUUAGGGGAGAAGCCUUAUGUUUGCAGGGAGUGUGGGCGAGGCUUUAAAGAUAAGUCAAACCUCAUCAGACACCAUCGCACACACUCAAUGGAGAAGCCUUAUGUGUGCGUUGAGUGUGGCCGAGGCUUCAGCCUGAUGGCAAUCCUUAUUAAUCACCAGAGGACACAUUCAGGAGAGAAGCCGUAUGUGUGCACAGAGUGUGGGCGAGGCUUUAGCCAGAAGUCCAAUCUCAAGAGACACACGAGAACACAUUCAGAAGAGAAGCCUUAUUUGUGCAAGGAGUGUGGGCAGAGCUUUAGAAAUAAUUCAGUCCUCAUUAGACAUCAGUGGACUCACUCUGGGGAGAAGCCCUAUGUUUGUCAGGAGUGUGGGCAAGGCUUCAGUGAGAAGUCAUACUUCAUCAGACACCAGAGGACUCACUCAGGGGAGAAACCCUAUGUGUGCCUGGAGUGUGGACGGGGAUUCGGUGAUAAAUCAACUCUCAGAAAACACCAUAGGGUUCACUCUGGGGAGAAGCCCUAUGUUUGCCAGGAGUGUGGGCGAGGCUUCAGCGAGAAGUCAUCCUUCAUCAGACACCAAAGGACACACUCAGGGGAGAAACCCUAUGUGUGCUUGGAGUGUCGACGGGGAUUUGGUGAUAAGUCAACCCUCAGAAAACACCAGAGGAUUCAUUCAGGGGAGAAGCCCCAUAUUUGCCAGGAGUGUGGGCGAAGCUUCAGCGAGAAGUCAUCCUUCAUCAGACACCAGAGGACACACUCAGGGGAGAAGCCCUAUGUGUGUCUGCAGUGUGGACGAGGAUUUGGUGAUAAGUCAACCCUCAGAAAACACCAGAGGACACACUCGGGGGAGAAGCCUUAUGUCUGCGGUGAGUGUGGCCGAGGCUUUAGCCGGAAAUCAUUCCUCCUUAUUCAUCAGGGGACACACUCGGAGGAGAAGCAUGUUUGCAGGGAGUGUGGGCGAAGCUUUAACUACAAGUCGAAUCUCAUCAGACACCAGAAGACACACGCAGGCGAGAAGCCUUAUAUAUGCAGGGAGUGUGGGCGAGGCUUUUUUGAUAAGUCGACCCUCAUCAUCCACGAGAGGACACACUCGGGGGAGAAGCCUUAUGUGUGUGGUGAGUGUGGCCGGGGCUUUAGCCGGAAAUCACUCCUCCUUAUUCACCAGAGGACACACUUGGGGAGAAGCAUGUUUGAAGGGAGUGUGGGCGAGGCUUUAGCUACAAGUCAAAUGUCAUCAGACACCAGAGGACACAUUGAGAGGAGAAGCCUCGUGUAUGCAGGGAGUGUGGGCAAGCCUUUAGCAAUCAGUCAAACCUCAUCUUACACCCGAGAGACACCUGGGGAGUUGUCCCUCUGUGUGUGUGGAGUGUGAAUGAAGCUUCAGAGAUGCGUCAACUCUUACCAGGUACUGAGGACACAUUUAGGAGGCAGGAGCCUUACGCGUGUAGAGUGUGGGUAACUCUAGCCAUAAGCUACUCUCAUUGCACAAGGAGGACGCACUUAGCUGGGAAGUAUGUGCGCGGGGACUGUGGCUGAGGUGUUACCAAUAAGUCAACAUUUACUGAACGUCCAAUGGCCAACUUGAGGGAAGUGUCAUGUGUUAGGGGAGUGUUGGCGAACCUUAACAAAGGAACAAACAGGCAGGCACAAGAUGGCACACUCAGGGAGGAGCUGUGCGUUUGCGAGGAGUGUGGGUAAGGCUCUCAUGGUCGGUCAGCCUUCUUCUCAUGCUGUAGGGAGAAUCCUUACUUGGGAUUACUGUGGUGCUCUGCCCAGACAACCUUAUCAGGACCUACACCUGCAGCUCUGAGAACUGCUGCUGAUGGCUGCAGAGGUGAUUUCUUCUGUAGGACCUGCCCUCAGCCGCAGGGAACUGCACCUUUCUAAGGGGUGGCUCCUAGCCAAUGACUGAUUGGUAUGGGAGGAUAAAACCCCAUCCCUUGACUUGGUUGGGUCCAAAGGGUCAUCCCAGAUCUGAGGGGCCCAUCAGAUAGAGUGAUCUCUCAGGUGUACGUACAUGGCAAGUCAACUUCUUCCUCUGCCCAGUCCAGCCCUCAGUACCCAAUAAACCACUCAAUUCUCCAUCUCAUUGUUUCUCCAGGGAAUCCAUGCUAAGACAUCAUAAGUGUACAAGGAGUGUGGACAUGGCGUUGGCCAUAAGUCACCCCGCACAAACCUCAGUGUCUACGGAAUGGAAGCUCUAUGUGUGUGGGCAGAAUGGGCAAAGACUUAGCAAAAGCACACGUCAGGGCAUUUCAGAGAACAACUAUUUUGGGAGAAGCUUUAUAUGGGCAGGGAGGGAGACUGUGAGAUGCUUUAGCAAUAAGUUAUACCUCAUCUUGCACCAGAGGACACUCAGGGAGAAGACCAGGCUGGGCAGGGUUUGUGGGUGGAGCUUUAUCCUGAUGUCCCUCUUCCACAGACUGUGAGGAUAGUGUCGCCACCACACACCACUACCUCAGUCACCUCAGAGGGGUUUUCAGAAGUCUUGACCCCCACCGCACCCCAUUCUCUGUAUGAGAGUGAAGAUGGCACUAACAACUAAAUAGACUCCA